AUGCUCUCCUCUCUCGCCAGUGUAACCAGAAACGCCAGUCAGUUCAAUUAUACAGCUGGCGGUACCUUCCAAGACGCGCUGGCCAGGCAUCGAAUGGCAAAGGGGCUCCCAGCUGUAGCGCUCGAUAUCGGCGCCGGCAAGGACGUCGGAUGUGUGGCAUCAGAUCAGGGCGUGUAUGAGCGCCUGGAGAAAAUGGGAUACCGGCUGCUAGAAGAACAAGAGAUCACGUCCGCCAUUGAAUCGGCUAUUUUCUAUCCCUGUCCACAAGUCAUGGUCGGACUAAAUACCGGUGGCGGUGCUUCUGACUUGAAUCUGGUGGCACGAGAAUCGCACUUCGGCGCCCUGGGCUUUAAUAAAUCGGCCAACGGUAGCAACGCUGCAUCCAAGGCUAGCGGUGGUGUUGUCAAUCUUGCUGGUAAGCUAUCCUCUGCUACAUCGCUAGAAAAGGCAGCCGAGCGACCAGAAACCCCACCUCCCCCUCUAUUGAACGUUCCGUUCCGUCGUGAUCCGGACUUUGUCGAUUGUGGAUCUCUGCUUGAUCAGAUAUACGAAAAAGGGACUAAACCGGGGGCUCGGAUCGCGCUUGUUGGGCUUGGUGGUGUUGGCAAAUCUCAACUUGCGAUCGAAUGCUGCUACCGAAUCCGAGAACGAUCGCCCGGGACGUGGGUUUUCUGGAUCCACGCGAGUAACGUCACCCGUUUCGAACAGAGUUGCCGGGAUAUUGUCGACCGAGUCAAGAUCCCCGGCCGGCAGGACCCAAAGGCACAUACUUUCAAACUUCUUCAUGACUGGCUACACGAUGAGAGAAAAGGAGAGUGGGUCUUGAUUUUCGACAAUGUGGAUGACGAUCAAUAUCUCCAUGAAAUUCCACCAGCAAAACAGGACGGCCGUGAGAGUGUCUCAAGCUGUGCAUCAGAACGACCAAUCUGGGCAUAUUUCCCUGAAAGCUUGAAAGGCUCAAUCAUUAUAACAAGUCGAAGCAGAAAAAUGGUAUCAAGGAUGGUGGAAGUCAACGAUAUCAUCACAGUGGAACCGAUGGAUGACAUCCAUGCAGUAGCGCUUUUUGAGAAGAAGCUCGGAGAACUUGCUGCCAAGGAAGAGAUCAUUCAGCUGACCGCGGCGCUAGACUUUAUACCGCUUGCGAUUGUCCAAGCAGCAGCCUAUAUUAAGAAAAGGGCACCACGCCUGUCGGUUCCUCAAUAUAUGGAAGCCUUUCGAGCUAGCUAUCAUCAGAAAAUUAGUCUCCUGGGUUAUGAGGGAGAGAACAUCCGCAGAGACCGAGAUGCCAAUAACUCCAUUCUUGUCACUUGGCAGAUAUCAUUUGAUUAUAUUAGCAAAACGAGACCAUCGGCAGCAGACUUGUUAUCUCUCAUGAGCUUUUUUGAUACACAAGAGAUUCCCGAAGCUUUGCUUCAGGAAGUCAAAGAGACGAAAGACAGCAUUGGAAGGCUUUAUGCCUUCAAUGCUGAUGAUUCAAACGACAGCGGUGGCCAGAAUAAGGAUGCAAGCGAAUCCAGCAUGCUCGAGAUAUUCGAACAUGAUAUAUUGGUGUUGAGAGACUACUCAAUGAUUACCAUAUGCCCGGAUAUAACGAACUUUAAGAUGCAUCGACUGGUACAACUAGCCAUGCAGGAGUGGCUAAAGACCAAUAAGAAUCUUGAAAGGUGUAAAGAAAAAUUUAUCAGAAAUCUUUACCUCAGCUUUCCGAAGGGAUUAUUCGGAAAUUGGCCAAUAUGCCAGAUGCUGUUUUCUCAUGUGCAGUGUGCAGUCACACAACAACCACACUCUAAAGCUUCGAUAAGCGAAUGGGCGUCGCUACUUCACGAAGCAGCAGUAUUCGCAUGGACCCGGGGGAACUUCGUUGAUAGCAGAACAAUGGCAGACAAAGCAGCAAAGGCAAGGAAUGAAUUAUUCGGGCUGGAGAAUGAGAAGACGAUCGAUAGCUUCGAAAUUCUAGGGUUGGCAUACAAUCUUGGGGGCCAAUGGGAGAAAGCGGAAGAACUCCAGUUACAAGUCUUGAAGAUCCGCAGCAAAACAUUGGGGCUGCAGCAUCCCUCCACUCUCACCAGCAUGGUCAACCUAGCAGCAAUCUACCACGCUAAGGGACAUUGGAAGGAGGCUGAAAAUCUUGCGGUACAAGCGAUCGUGGCCCGCGAACAAUUAGUCGGACUAGGGCACCCUUCUAGUUUGAUCGCCAAGAGCAAUCUAGCAUCAAUUUACCGGGAUCAAGGACGAUGGCAGGAGGCCGAAAGGCUAGGGAUGUUUAUAAUGAGAACCUACAGUCAGAUCUUUGGGGCAGGUCAUCCGAAUACUCUGAGAUCUAUGACUAACCUGGCAACAACCUACUUAGAACAAGCAAAGUGGAAGGAUGCCGAGGAAUUGCUGCUGCGGGUGGUGGAUAUUAGUGAAAAAGUGCUUGGGCAAGAGCAUCCCUCCACCCUAACCAGUAUUGGAAACCUAGCAUCUACCUACUACAGCCAGGGACGAUGGAAUAAAGCCGAGGAUCUCCAAUUGAGAGUAAUGGAUAUUCACAAGCAGGCUUCAGGGCCAGAGCAUCCCUCCACGCUCACCAGUAUGAAUAAUUUGGCCUCAAUCUACCUUGAUCAAGCACGAUGGAAAGAUGCCGAGAAGCUACAGAUACAGAUCAUGGAGAGUCGCAAGCAAUCUUUGGGGCCAGACCAUCCGGACACUUUAGUCACCAUGAACAACUUAGCAAUGACAUACGAAAACCAGGGACAGUUGAAGGAGGCCGAAAGGCUACAAGUGCGGGUGAUGAAGGCCUCCAGUCAGGUGUUUGGGCCAGAGCAUCCCAAAACGCUGACCAGCAUGGCUAGCUUAGCUUUGAUCUACGGGAGUCAGGGCCGAUGGAAAGAUGCUGAAGAGCUCCAGACCAAGGAGCUCAAAUUAUGCUCUAAGGUUGUUGGGGAAGAGCAUCCCUCCACCCUAACCAGCAUUGGCAACCUAGCUUCUACCUACUGCGGCCAGGAACGAUGGAAGGAAGCCGAGGAGCUCCAAUUGAGGGUGGUGGAAAUUCGCAAGCAAGUUCUAGGGCCAGAGCAUCCCUCCACGCUCACCAGCAUGAGUUACCUAGCAUCAAAUCUUUGGAACCAGGGACGAUGGAAAGAGGCCGAAGAACUAGGAGCGCAGGUAACGGAGAUAAGCAAAAGGGUUCUUGGGCCAGAUCAUCCUGAUACUCUCACCAGCAUGGCCAACCUUGCUUAUACAUUGAGGUCAUCAGGUCAAGCCAGAGCUUCAUCAGCACUAAUGGCCGAGUGUGUGCAACUCAUGGUUCGAAGGCUAGGCCCUAGUCACCCAGACACGAGAGCUACAAUGUCUACUCUAGACGAGUGGCGUGAAAUAGAUGGUGAUACGUCUACCUUAUUUACUGAAGUACCGGUUGUGACACCGGGGGAUAGGCUCGGAAGAAUUCGUGAGAAGGAUCUUAGAAUGGUUAUGAAUAAUGGAAGGGAGAAAUGA